CUUCUCGUACCUUGAGAGAAUGUAUUGAUGUCAUCUUUUGGCGGUGGAGGCGUUUUGAUGUUGCCCUGCUGAAGUGUUGAAGACCCAAACGACGUCAGCUCAGGUGGUAGAAAAGCCCUGUGCGAUACUGUCCGAGUUCGUGGGCAUUUGUUUCGCUGUUGCGGGUUGAUAUGCUUGCUGGAGAGGGGCUAGUUAGGAGCAGCAGAAACUGGAUGGGGGCAUUGGGGGGUUGAAUAUAUGUACCUACCCAGAUGACGUCAUCAAUUCCCAACAAGGUAGUGGACGGACCGUCGGCUGUGUAUGUGCGCCACCAAUCCGAGGAAGACCGAGUUCACAGACAUCUGGUUUGUUGUUCUGAGAGGGCGACUGACUAAUGCAAGUUCAUCGAUUUAGACUCUUUCCCGUCUGCUAAUUCACUUAGUUAGGUGCUGCUACGAGCGCUCUGUCGCAUUCGACCUGUGGUUUGUUGUUCUGAGUGGGCGACUGACGAACGCAAGUUCAUCGAUUUAGGCUCUUUCCCGUCUGCUGAUUCACUUAGUUAGGUGCUGCUACUCUGUUGCAUUAGACUUGAAUGGUUCGCCGGUUGAAUGGUUCAACCAAAUGCUCUCAUCCCGAAACGGGAUUCCAACUGUCGGGUUGGACGAGAAUGCAGACUGCGCUUCAGGUGAUGUUGCCACUUCGUGGCCUGGUUCCGGCUCUUCCAGCCCUGGUAUGCUUUGCUGGAGAGGGACUAGUUAGGAGGAGCAGAAGCCGGCCUCACACCCCCCUUCUAUCCAUUAAGAAUGUCCUGAGAAUGGCAACUACAGCAGGAUUGAUGCAUCAAGUUUUAUGUCCAAUUUGGUGGAUCAGGAGCUCUCUGGGACUAGAUGUUAGGAGCUCCCCCCCAGAAUUGGAUGUAUUCUCACCGAGAUAGUGUUGUAAAAAUCGUUCCCGAUUAUCGUGGGGCUGUGGCAGUGAAGGGAGGAAGCGGGGAGGAGAGAACCGAGAGGUGUACAGGGUGAUGGGAAACAGAGUCGGAAGAAGAGAGGGGGAAAAGGGGGGGGAGGGGGGAUUUCCGAUAGGCGGCUAGGUGAUGGAUAGAGUAGUUGGCAGGCUAGGUAGUACGAAGCUGGAGACUAUUAAAAGCCUCGGUGUACCGGACAGCUUAGACAGCUAGAAAGUUUGCUCACUAUAAUAGAAGUAACUACUUCCCCCCCUCCCCCUCCCCCUCCCCCCCCAAAGCCCAGGCUGCCCAGGUUGUUGUAGAGGUGAGAUAACUUCUUAUUUUUUAGCCUUAGGUGAAGCUGGUAGGGAGCAGCCGCAACAGGUGCAACCGAGAAAUUUAGCGACCAUUCUUGUUGCUUCAAGGCUGCCAUUUGCUUGGCCAUUGAAGCAGAGAGGCAUUGUGGUCUUGUUUUUUUCCGUUCUGCUAUUGGUUAUUAUUAGAUAAUGUUGAUGUCGGUAGGGAGAACGGUUUGUUAGGUAUCAGCUAGGUAGGCAACAGCUGAGGAGCUGGAAAAGGACGGAGAAGGCUAUUUGCCAUAUUAGGAAACUGGGUAGCUCCCUUGUUGAACUACAAAACUGGUAAACCACCAGUUCACAUCAGCCAAAGCCGACGAAGCUACCGUCCAAGGUUCGAGAGACUGCAAGUGUACUUUUUCAAAGUGCCCUGCUGCUUUGGCUACCACCUUUUCAAAGUGUCCUGCUGCUUUGGCUACCAGCUCAGGCCCGAAUCGAAAUUCUCUUACUGCGCUACCGGUAAGAACACAACUUAGCUUCGCGUGAACCGGUGGUGUGAACCACUACGCGCCCCUUUCGGAGGCCGCCCACCGUCGAUUCAUUUCAUCUACGGUGCUCGGCGUCCUAAAUUAUCAGGGAGGCUCAAAGCAGAGUCUCCAGUUGCCUGGGGCCAUGUACUGGUGGUGAAGGAGUUCGGGAACACAGUAGGGCCAAGUACGUUAGUCACCAGCCUAUAUGUAUAGAUGGUGGGGAUGGCAGCCGGAUAGAUAAGGAGAUGGGGGGAGGGAGUGGAUUACACAAAGGGUAAUGAAGGGUGGGUGGAUCUGCACACGCAAGCAAAAGUGCGGGGAAGAGAACGAACGGAUGGGGGACAGGCUGGAAAGAGAUGAACAGAACGGUCAACCUUUUGCUAUAGAGGGGAGAAUCUGGACGUAACUGGUGCUCAGAUACGUCUGAGAAUCGUAUCAGUGCGGAUUUGCCCAGGGGAGAAUCUGGACGUAACUUGUGCUCAGAUACGUCCGAGAAUCGUAUCAGUGUGGAUUUGCCCUUAUAAGGUAACUCGCACUGAAGGGCCUAUGCAAACGCCUUUUCUGCAGUUCUUGGGUGGACGGCAAGGGUGCAGACUUGAACGUGGGAGUAGCAAAUUUCAAUCUUUUUUCAACGUACCGAGUGUCUGUUUCUGGAAUAGGAAGUAGGCACAUGCUCGCUGUUGUCGUGCGUCACAGUUUGAAGUUUAUAUGUUUGAAUUAAACUUUAUUAAAGACAAUUAUGUAGGACUAGCGAACUUUUAGAAAGGCGAUUGGAGGUUAAAGAGGGAGGUGGGCCGCAUGCUUUUCUACGCCUGUGGCUUGGGCAUGGCUGAAAAGCUGACAGUCGGGGCCUUCUCUUUUCCAAGUUGUGACCCAGAGGGAGGGUUCUCUCUGUCGGACAAUACCGGGACUCGUUACGUUCUGCAGCUCGGGUCUGGAAGGAAGUGGCGGCGGAGGCUGAAAUGAGGAUUCAAUGGGUUGGCUCAUCAUUGGAGCUAGAAGUGGGCUUUAUGAGAUCGAGACGAGUUUCUAGAUCUCUUUUCAGGUGUGCACUCCUUUUUGGUGUAAUGCAGAGGUUCAUUGAUGAGAGUAGCUUCCUGUCACAGAGGGAGUUCUCUCUGUCGUACAAUACCAGGCCUUGUUAGGUUCCGCAGCGCAGGUCUGGAAGCGGCGGCGGAGGCUGAAACGAGGAGUCGAUGGGUUGGCUCAUCAAUCUCGGAGCUAGAAGUGGAUUUAUGAGAAAUACCAGGCCUUGUUAGGUUCCGCAGCGCAGGUCCGGAAGCGGCGGCGGAGGCUGAAACAAGGAGUCGAUGGGCUGGCUCAUCCAUUUCGGAGCUAGAAGUGGCUUUAUGAGAUCAAGACGAGUUUCUAGAUCUCUUUUCAGGUGUACUCUUUUCUGGUGUCAUACCGAGGUUCAUUGAUGGGAGUAGCUUCCUCCUUUUUUGUUCAACUGUUUCACCAAACGCGACUUAACUGGCUUGGUCCAUCUUUGAGACGAUGUCUAGACUGUGUUUUGGGGCUGAAGAUCAGGAGCCUAGCCCUGCAAAGGUAUCAGACUCUUUCACCAAACGCGACUCACUGGCUUGGUUCAUCUUUGAGACGACGUCUAGACUGUGUUUUGGGGCUGAGGAUAGGGAGCCUAGCCUUACAAAGGUAUCAGACUCUGACAGAAGACUGAUUCAAGACGGCCAAUUCCAAUGGUGAAACUAUUCUGCAUCUGUUCCUUACAGUGUGGCUAGGGUCUCUGAUCUCUGAUGGGGAAGUCCAGCACUACAUGCUGCAUUUGUCAUUACUUCAAACCGCAAUUGUGUGUUUGUUAAACGGCCAUUGUUGAACAUUCAAAACCAUAACAAUCAUCAGCACAUGCUAUGUUGUCUUUUCGUCCACAAUAAAACAGGGGAUUGAGUACCUUGUGAUUGUGGAUUAAGUAAGUGUGUAGCACUCCUAUUUUCUGUACCGUGGCAGACUCUUUUUUAUGUUUGUGUUCGUGUGUGUGUGUGUGUGUGUGUGUGUGUGUGUAGCUGUGUAGCCAAGCAUGUGUGGGUGAUUUGUGUAUGUGGGAUGUGUGUGUGUGUGUGUGUGUGUGUGUGAGAGAGAGAGAGAGAGAGAGAGAGAGAGAGAAAGAGUGUGUGGUCAAACCGCCAGUGCAUCCGGAAGUUGUGGCUCGCAUGCUGCCAGCCAUUGCUAGAGUGACGUAAUGUUCACUUGAAUGAAUUUAUGCCAGCGGAGGAGGCUUGUUCGUCCCAGCAUGUCGCGGCACGCGUGCUGCUGCGACUUUCUGAAGUACUGGUGGUUUAAGAGCAGCUCUUUUCCUGGGCAGCCGGUGUAGUCAUUGACUGGUGAACAUGUGGAUGGCCAUCUUAAUCUCCAUGCCAGAAAGGGACGAUUGGUACUGAAUGCCGAUACUAAAUGUCAAAAUGGGCUGUGGCUUCUCAUACUGGGCUUUGCCUGUUCAAAAAGAGGCCUUGGUGUCGACGUCCGCCUGUUAUGGGAAAAAGAAAAGCUCAGGCAAGCAAGUGCAUUCUUCCAAUCAAAUGUGCGGUGAAUGGUGCGAUUUGAAUUCUUGACGUCCGUCUGUCUCUGUUGAAGACGACUGCUUACGUCGACCAUGUGUGCCUUCGUCUUCGUUAAGGUCUCUUCAUGCCAUCUUCCAAGGACGAUAUUUCGCUGCUUCAUUUAUAAGACCAGGCAACCAGGUAACACGUACGCUUGGAUGUUUGCUUGCCGAAUGCAAGUCAGCAGCCCUCUGCUAUAUGUCAGGCCAACCACUGAUUGAACAAAAGUUGUUCCUCCUCCAGUCGUCAGUGCUUUCGACUGCUUUCACCAAAAGCGAAGGCAGCUUUCUGGGUCUGAGGUGCGAAAGCAUGGGGAGCAAACAGGAUUAGAUAGAUCCGGCUGGUCGUCAGUGCUUUCGACUGCUUUCACCAAAAGCGAAGGCAGCUUUCUGGGUCUCUACUGACGCUGAGGUGCGAAAGCGUGGGGAGCAAACAGGAUUAGAUAGAUCCAGCUGGGCUCUUUAACGAUUUCAUAGCUAAAUCGUUUGUAUGUUUUGGGUAUGAAGUUUCUUUGAAGACUUUGGGCCUUGGUUCCCCAAGGCCAGGCAAACGCGCAUGCAUGCGUUUGCAAUAGACAAGCAUCUACAGAUGGAUCUUUCAAUAAGAGAUCGUGACCUAACUUUAUUCUAUCGAAGAAUGUGAUGAUAUGCCGAACUGAAAAUGGAGGUCUAACAUGAACACGAAGCAGAAAUAUGGUGGGGGGAAGAUGGGGAAUAAUAUCCUGAAUGAGAGUAAAUGAGGAGGACACAAGUGUCGACAUAUCCUGAAUGAGAGUAAAUGAGGACGAGACAAGUGUCGUUGGACCAGGUCGGAGAAGGCAAUGCAAAGCAGGUGAGGGAGGGUGGUGGUUUAUGUUCUAUUCUGAGUGCCUGCAUGGAUUUCAUGUUCACAGCUGGGUAUGCUGGCGCAUUGGCCCCGCACCUUGUGCUUGUUCAUUCCGUCAUGCCUGCAUGGCAGGUAAUCAGACAUACCAGUUUGAAGUUCAAUCCCAAGAAACAUAAUGAUCUUGGUGGCAAGGAGAUUACUGAUGGAGUGAGGCAUAAAGUGAGAACGGGGGAAACAUAUUUUGUGUGUGUAAAACCCAGGCAAUGUCGCUGCGUCAGUACUGGGAAGAGAAGAGAGGCUACUCUUUAACAGUUGAAAAUAU